UACGCACAUCGGCGGGAAUGUACAACAAAACAUUGCCAAAUUUUAAGAUCUGUCCCGGGUGAAAAUGGAACGAAACGACGAUGGGACGGCUUCGAUCGAUUGCAAGAUGGAGGAGGCGAAUAAUUUAGAGAGUGCAAACGUGGAGGAGGAUUGUUUGGAGGAGAAGAAAGAGAUCUUCGUGAACGAGAGUCGCCUGCUGCCGCCCUCAUCGUCCUCCUCCUCGUCGUCCUCGGCCAACACCACCGAUUGCAAAACUACGUCGAAUCGUAUCGUUGUCUCCAACGCGCAGAUUUCGAACAACAGCGUUACCGUGUCCGUAAUAUAUCCUGAAAACAAUAACGCCUACCUUCCCACGAGCACGGUGGAGGGAACGCUCGAAGUGCAUUCGAAGUGCGGUGGAACAAUGUCCGCGAGAAGGACAGACAGCGAGGAAUGCGAUUCGUUCGAGUGUAACGCGAACGAUGAGAAACAGAUCGGGGAAUUCCCGAAGGAGGAUUUCGUUGCGACAGAGAGCGACGAGAACGAGGGGGGCGCGGUUAAAGCAAGAAACUCUGGACCUAGGAACGAUCGUUUUGAAUCCAGGGGCUACGUCUUUCUAACGGAUUAUCGUAAUCGGCUGAAGCAUAGGUUGCUAUUGCAGCAGCUGGAAACAGAGGAGAAACGGUUGAAAAUAAAGAUUGCCGAGAUGGCGAUCCAAGAGGUGCAGCUGAGGAUAAAAGCGUUGAGCGAGGACAUGCGACGGACCGAGGAAUUGCACCGAUUGCACUUGGUGCGCGCAGCGGCCGGGGAUGCAAGCGUACGGGUAGGAGAGUUUCCGAACAAUUCCUGAAAAAAAGGAAAAAAGAG